CGUUAGUAAAAAUCGGUUUCAACUGGUUUCUGUUAACUGAUAGAUGUUCAACGAGCCAAUGUUUUGGUCGAAACUAGUCAGGUCGUUGUUCAAUGGAGCAAGUUGAAACUAGUCGAAACCAAUCCAGCUCGGCAGCAGGAUUAGUUUCGACUUGGUAGAAGUCGGUCGAAGUCAAUUGGAAAGAGACAGGUGAUCAACUAUCAAUCCAUUUCUACUUGUUUCGACCCGUUUCUACUAGAGUUGAUUGAACAGACAUUUCAGUCAGCCAGUGCCCGUUCAGUUUGUUGCAACUUCCAGUCGGCUUCGGUCGCGUUGUUUCGCGAGUGUGUGUGCAGAAAAAAACUACGGGAGUGGAGUGGAAGGGUACCGUUUCGAUUCGAUUCAAGGAUUCUCGGAUCGAGGGUCUAACCAGGCAUUUCUUCCCGGAUUUUUUGUGGUUUUGUUAUUGGUGUUAAGCUGCAUUCCUAGUUCUUCCUGUUCCGAGUGGUUUGGAACCUGUGUGGCCUCGGCGGAUUGCGUUGCGUUGCUGCCAUUAUUGGUGUUAUUUUAUCGGUUGGAAGCAGCAGAGGAGAGCAAUCGGAUCUUCGUCUUCUUGGGUCUUGUUUUUUUUUUCCUCUGCCAACCAGCCAGCCAGCCUACUGCUGGUACCGCGCGGUGGGUUGCCAGUGUUUACCGAGUAAGGAUUGCAUAUCCUGGACGAAAGCAACGGUACCCGUAGUGAUUAUUGUGCGUGAAUAUCAUAUUAUAACGGGUCCUCCUCCGCAAUUUUCGGAUUUCAUUGCGGUAGAAAAGAAGAAACAGCUGCCUUUUCCUCUGGAUCGGAAAAGGUCUGUCGCGAUUGGUGUAAAAAAUAUACAGCUGCUGAAACGACGAGCGAUUAUGGUGGUUGGGUAAAUGUGCUCAAAUGAAAACCAGACGGAAAUCAACUAGCGACCGGUGCUAGUUUUUAGUUAAAUAGAUAGUGUAAUAGUGAAAGCCCGCUUUGUGCCUGGCUGUGUGAACGAGAUUCGAAGAAGGCAAACAAACGGGAAACGCAAUGCGUCGAACAAGUCGGAAUUCGUUCAAUUUUGAUUUUUCCUUGCGCCGGCUGCUGCUGCAAGGGGCUCGGGCUGCCCGCGGAAGUCCGCCCCUGGGUCAGCGGCUGUGUGAUAUCGAAAAAGGCGGCCGAGAUGGAUCCGGAACGGCAAGCGGAAGCGGAAGCGGCGGAAGCCGGCAUCACCAUGACAAGAGCUCACUCUCCAGCGGUGGAGGUCACAAGCACAACUUCGAUUCCACUUCGCAACAUUCGUCCAGCUCACCGGGAAACUGCGACCGAGGCAACUCAACCUCCAAACUCACGCCAAAUAGCCAUAAGUCAUCGCACAGUCUGCAGAGCAAGGGCACUUCUGUGGCCGGAACCGGAAGUGGCUCUGGGGCAGCUUUAGCGUCAAAAGCCCCUUCCUCGUCGUCCGCUUCGCCGGACGAAUGCCCUCUGUGUUACGAUACGCUUCCGACCGGGGACGAGUUCUACCGGUUGCUGAACUGCAAAUGUUACGCCUGUCGCAGCUGCUACGAGAACUACCUGAUGAUCGAAAUCUCCGAAAGCCGGACCGACAUUGCCUGUCCCCAGUGUACCCACUCGAUGCACCCGACUGACAUCCAAACGCUCCUGAAAGCGUUCCCUGCUGCCAUAACCAAAUACGAAGACUUUAUGGUGCGCCGAGUGCUCCUAGCCGAUCCGGAUAGCCGCUGGUGUCCCGGGCCCGACUGCAGCUACGCGGUCAUUGCCAGCGGAUGUGCUUCCUGCCCCCGGAUCCGGUGCGAGAGGCCCGGCUGCGACGUCCAGUUCUGCUACCACUGCAAAGCCGAAUGGCAUCCGGAUCAGACGUGCGACGCGGCCCGAGCGUCCCGCCAGAGUCCCACCAGGGCACCGUCCGGUAGUAUUAGUCAUGAUUCAAACCAUAAGGACGACAUCAAACCGUGCCCCCGCUGCCAGGUCUUGAUCGUCAAGAUGGACGACGGCUCCUGCAACCAUAUGGUUUGCGCCAUCUGUGGAUCCGAAUUUUGCUGGCUGUGUAUGAAGGAAAUCAGCGAUCUGCACUACCUGAGCCCCUCGGGCUGCACCUUCUGGGGCAAAAAGCCCUGGUCCCGGAAGAAGAAGCUCCUCUGGCAGCUGGGGACCCUGGUGGGUGCGCCCCUCGGAAUCGCCCUGGUUGCCGGGAUUGCGGUGCCUGCCAUGAUCAUCGGAAUCCCGGUCUGGGUCGGACGAAAAAUCCACACCAAAUACAAGGCAGCCGGGAAGCACAAACGGAAUAUGGCGGUGCUUGGCGGUGUAACGGCAUCGGUGAGUACAACUCCAUUAUGGGAACAGUUUUAA